GAAGCCGAGCUGGUCCCCCAGGGAAGUCAGCGGCGGGGGUGGGGUGGGAGUGGGAGCAGCGCCGUCCGCGGCGAUGAUUCCCCCGCAGGAGGCUUCCGCCCGGCGGCGGGAGAUCGAGGACAAGCUGAAGAAGGAGGAGGAGACGCUGUCCUUCAUCCGAGACAGCCUGGAGAAGAGCGACCAGCUCACUAAGAACAUGGUGUCUAUCCUGUCAUCGUUUGAGAGCCGCCUCAUGAAGCUGGAGAACUCCAUCAUCCCCGUGCACAAGCAAACGGAGAACCUGCAGAGGCUGCAGGAGAACGUCGAAAAGACGUUAUCCUGUUUGGACCACGUCAUCAGCUAUUACCACGUAGCCAGCGACACCGAGAAGAUCAUCAGAGAGGGCCCCACUGGUAGGCUGGAAGAAUACCUUGGAAGCAUGGCCAAAAUCCAGAAGGCUGUGGAGUAUUUUCAGGACAAUAGCCCAGACAGCCCGGAGCUCAACAAAGUGAAGCUGCUGUUUGAGCGGGGGAAGGAGUCACUGGAGUCUGAGUUCCGCAGUCUGAUGACCCGGCACAGCAAGGUCGUCUCCCCGGUGCUCAUCCUGGACCUGAUCAGUGGUGACGAGGAACUGGAGGUCCAGGAAGACGUGACCCUGGAGCACCUGCCUGAAGGCGUCCUCCAGGAUGUGGUCCGCAUCUCCCGCUGGCUGGUGGAGUACGGCAGGAACCAAGAUUUCAUGAAUGUCUACUACCAGAUUCGCUCUAGCCAGCUGGACCGCUCCAUCAAAGGCCUGAAGGAGCAUUUUCGCAAAAGCAGUUCUUCCUCCGGGGUUCCCUACUCCCCCGCCAUCCCCAACAAGAGGAAAGACACACCUACCAAGAAGCCGGCCAAGCGGCCAGGGACGAUCCGUAAGGCUCAGAACCUUCUGAAACAGUAUUCCCAGCAUGGUCUAGAUGGGAAAAAGGGGGGCUCUAACCUCAUUCCUCUGGAAGGGAGAGACGACAUGCUGGAUGUGGAGACCGACGCCUACAUUCACUGUGUCAGUGCCUUUGUCAAGCUGGCCCAGAGUGAAUACCAGCUGCUGGCGGUCAUCAUCCCGGAGCUCCAUCAGAAGAGAACCUUUGACUCCUUGAUUCAGGACGCACUGGAUGGACUGAUGCUUGAGGGGGAGAACAUCGUGUCUGCUGCCAGGAAAGCCAUCGUCCGCCACGACUUCUCCACAGUGCUCACAGUCUUCCCCAUCCUGCGACACCUCAAGCAGACCAAGCCUGAGUUUGACCAGGUGCUCCAGGGCACAGCAGCCAGCACCAAGAACAAGCUGCCGGGCCUCAUCACCUCCAUGGAGACCGUGGGAGCCAAAGCACUGGAAGACUUUGCCGACAACAUUAAGAAUGACCCAGACAAAGAGUACAACAUGCCUAAGGAUGGCACCGUUCACGAGCUCACAAGCAAUGCCAUCCUUUUCCUACAGCAGCUUCUGGACUUCCAGGAGACAGCGGGUGCCAUGCUGGCCUCCCAAGUUCUUGGGGACACAUACAAUAUUCCUUUAGACCCCCGAGAAACCAGCUCUUCGGCCACCAGCUACAGCUCCGAGUUCAGCAAGCGCCUGCUGAGCACCUAUAUCUGCAAAGUCUUGGGCAACCUGCAGCUGAACCUGCUGAGCAAGUCCAAGGUGUACGAGGAUCCCGCCCUGAGUGCCAUCUUCCUACACAACAACUACAACUACAUCCUCAAGUCCCUGGAGAAGUCUGAGCUGAUCCUGCUGGUGGCUGUGACCCAGAAGACCGCUGAACGUUCCUACCGGGAGCACAUCGAGCAGCAGAUCCAGACCUACCAGCGCAGCUGGCUAAAGGUGACUGAUUACAUCGCAGAGAAGAAUCUGCCAGUGUUCCAGCCCGGAGUCAAGCUCCGGGACAAGGAGCGGCAGGUGAUUAAGGAGCGAUUCAAGGGAUUCAAUGACGGCCUUGAAGAACUGUGCAAGAUUCAGAAGGCCUGGGCCAUUCCAGACACAGAGCAGAGGGACAAGAUUCGACAAGCUCAGAAAACCAUUGUCAAGGAGACCUAUGGGGCAUUUCUGCACAGGUAUGGCACCGUGCCCUUCACCAAGAACCCUGAGAAGUACAUCAAGUACCGUGUGGAGCAGGUGGGCGACAUGAUCGACCGCCUUUUCGACACCUCAGCCUGACCCUGCCAGUGUCCUGCCCGGGCCACCAGACUCACAUACCAUCAGGCUGAUGAGCCAGGGUUAGCCUCUAGCCAGGUGGGUUUGAAGUCCUUUGCAACAGAGACCUUGCUGCCCCACCCAGGAGCCCUGUCCCUGGUGUUUGCAUCUCCCCUCUGGCCCACUUGCACCCACCCAGAAUGUGGGGCCCUUCUCACCUUGGGUUUCACGAUGGACACAUCUGGCAGGGGCCACAAUAUGGCUUCUGAGGCAAAAGAUAAGAAGGACAGAGGCUGGUGCCCCCAGCGGCCAUGUGGAUACCAAGAAUGGGGUGGCAGACUCCACGCCGCCCCCUCCAUCCUCUUCAGCCCACAGAUGUGAGUGGGCUCAAACAGCAGGCCAAGUGGUAGCCCUCAGACUUAGAGGAAAGGCCGUCGGUGCCGACCUACUCUCUUGGACUCAUUGUCCACAGUUCUGCCCUGGGAUGUCCUGCCACCUGGGAGUCACCUGGUGACAAGAGGCAGGAGGGCUUUGUCUCUGGCUUUGGGUCUGACACACUGCAAGAAGUGUUUGGAAGAGUUCUGAACUGCUCUGUGGGGCCAGCCCCUCAGGCGUCUGUCCCUGGUCCCCAGCUUCCAUGCUCCCGGGCCAGGCACACAUUAAUGAUUGCAGGGGCUUUAGGCUGGAUGCAUGAGACACAGGCAACCUGUGGACGAAGGAAGCAAGUCAGGAGCAAGGGGGAGGCCAUGAGGGCCAGGCCGGGCUGUACUGCUUAGGAUGCCGGCGGACAACCGUGGUGGAGAAGGGCGGGCCCCGCUGGUGCAUUUGGGGAUGCUUGUUUUGCUUUUACACUCAGAGGGGAGCUCAGGAUGCAUGAGCCCCCGUUAGAGAAUGGAGCUGAUCUCUCUCAGACACUGUCCUAACUCUCGCCUAGCUAUAGGAACUGUGCUGACCCUUAGAUCUGUAUCCAUAAGCCCCACCCUGUCACACACCGGCCCACCACCAUGGCACUACCUUGCUAGGGGCUGGGUCAGUCUUGAACAUGUCCCACAUCCAGACGAGCCCCGCCCACGAGCCGACCGCACGGCACACUGGCCGCAUCCGUGAGGAAAAGUGUGUUCAGCAGCAGUAGGCCACCCUCCCUUGAAGUCCUUCCUCCUCCAGGAGCUGCUGGCAAGGAAAGGAACUGUUUUUACUUGCUCCAAAGCAUUCUUCCUGAGCAGAAGGGUGAAAGACAGGGGUUCUUAGUCCAGAAAUGAAGGCUGGAGCGGGCUUGACAGCAGAGUGAUAAGUUGUACACCUGCAGCUGAGCCAGACCUGGUGUCCGGGUGUGCUGUGGGCUCCCAGCGUCUGCCUGCUGGAGCCAGCCUCUGGGCGUCCCCUCUUUAUCCUCCCCAGGUAGAAGCCGGUUUGAAGCAGGGCAGAUUCAUCCCUUAUAGGCCCCGCACUCCUCCUGGCCCCGCAUUCCCAGAGUGGGCCUGAGCUCUUGCCUGCCUUCCACGCUAGGUGCUGGGCUCCUCUCAUCACUCAGAUCCCCUCUGGGCAUGGGGUUGGGGCCACUCUCUCCAAGGCUGUAAGCCUUGGUGCUGAGGAAGAGCAGCCGCGGGUGAGGAAGUAAACUGCCCACGGAGGGGGCAGAGGCUGAACCGAGCUAGUCUUGGCGACUAGGAGGCUACAGUGGAGCAGGUCUCGCUGAGCAGUGGAUCGCAGGAAGGAGAGCUGGGCAGAGCCUGCACUGGGGAGGAGCAGAAGACAAGCCAGCCCACAAGCACUGUCACUUUGUAGGCAAUGCAUGCACUCUGGUGUGAGGACAGCAGACCCUCACACACAUCCGCUAACAACAGUGUCUCCCGGGGACCACCCUGCCAGGAUGGACUUGAGCUCUGUUCUUCGGGAUCAGCUUGGAAGCUCUCCCUGGGAUGUAGAAGGGGCAGGCAGAAGGGAGACUACGUAGCUCUGGGCACACACCUUCCCUCUCCCCUCCAUCAGGCUCUACCAGUCUCUUCCCAGGUGGACUCAGUGUCGCCUGGAGGAGGGCAUGGGAGGCUGGAGAGGGACCUGAGCUUUCAGGUUGUGACCUGCCUGUUCUUUCUGACACAGUCCCGCCCCGCACAUGGGCCUGGAACUCCAGCUGUCACUGAAGGGGUGGAUGCAAACUAUGAGCUAGGGAGAGAGAGGCUCGAGCCCAGGGAGGCACAGGCUUCUGCUGGCUCCCGGUGGGAGAGGGAGCUAGUGCACAAGAGCCCCCUGGCCUUUGGAAGCACAUCAGAUGGCCUCCAGUUAGAGAAGAGCCUCCCUUGUGAAAAUAAAUGCACUUGGCAGCAGCUCGUGGCA